UAAUUUUGUUAUUUACUCCUUUCUUUGUACUUGCGUUCCACCUCCUUCUGGUUCUGCUGAGUUGAAUUUCUAUUAUACAGCUGAGAGACGAUAUACGAGAAUAUGUGAGAGUCUUGGUGGUUGGUGCCAGUGGAUUGGGCUGUGAGCUUCUCAAGGACUUGGCUCUUUCCGGGUUUUGUAAUCUGGAUGUGAUUGACAUGGAUCGAAUCGAAGUCACCAAUCUCAAUCGCCAGUUCUUCUUAAGACUUGAGGAUGUAGGAAAGCCUAAGGCAGAGGUAGCUGCAAGGUGUGUCAUGGAGAGAGUGAGUGGAGUGGAGAUUGUGCCGCAUUUUUCACGUAUAGAAGACAAAGAGCUUGACUUUUAUAACGAUUUUAAUAUCAUUGUUCUUGGUCUUGAUUCCAUCGAAGCUCGGAGAUACAUCAAUGGCGUAGCUUGUGGGUUUUUUGAGUAUGAUGAGGAUGAUAACCCGAGGAGUGAAAAGCAAGAGGGUCAUGUAGUCAUGGGAUGGAGACACUGGAGCAAACAAUCAUGUAUCCAUCGAUCCAAAUCAUCUUUAUGAAUCUAGAUGAGUCCUUGGGGAGGCAGAUGAGCGAGUCUUCUAUCUGCGCUACAGAGGAAGAAGAGGAAGACGAUGAUUCCAAGCUGCAAUUGGGUCCUCAGUACACUAUCAAGGAGCAUCUCGAGAAGGAUAAAGAUGAUGAGAGCUUAAGGAAGUGGAAGGAACAGCUUCUUGGAAGUGUUGAUGUCACCAACAUUGGAGAGACUCUUGACCCUGAAGUGAAGAUCAUUAGCCUGGCCAUCUUAUCACCUGGAAGACCAGAUAUUGUUCUUAUGGUACCCGAGAAUGGGAAUCCAAAGGGAAUGUGGUUUACUUUGAAAGAAGGGAGCAAGUACUGUUUGAAAUUCACGUUUUAUGUUAACAACAACAUUGUUAACAAAAUAAGGGAUGGAGGCACUGGAGCAAACCAAUUUUUUUAAAAAGACUCAUAAAGAUUUUGAAAUAAUAAGUACUACUACCAAAAUGAAAAACAUAAGAAUUAUUUUCAAUUUCACUAAUUGAUAAAAAAAAAAAAGCUUACAGUUUCACAUAUUGAGACUUAACCAAAAUUCGGCAACAAUCGAACCAAUUCCAUUCAAAAACCACAAUGUUUAAUAUUCCAAUUUGGAUUUAAAAUCUUUAAUUUUCCUGCAUGAGAAGAGGAAACAAGAAAUAAACCAACAUGUGAAAAUUAUUUUACAUAUUAUUAUUGUUGCAAAUUCAUGAAUUACAUAAGAUCAUUGUCUUUCUCUAUUUUCAGAAACUUAAAUAUUAUAAUUAUAAGUGAAUAAAUUAUAUACAAUUUUAUUUUAAUAAUGAAAUUAUAAUUAUAGGACAAAAAUUAGAUUUAAUGAAGUGUAUAAAUUAGAUACCCUAAAAUUAUGGUAAAUUCAAAAAUUGAGGUAGUCUUCAAUGAAUUUGAUUAUAUAUACAUGUAGACUUUAUAAAAAAAAUAUUAAAUUAAUUCUUUGAGCAGUUAUGUUUGAUUCAUGCUGUAAAUUUUUU